AACAACACCCAUUAGUUCAACAAGAAACAUCGACCCUUCUGCCUGUGAGGAUAGAGCUGUUAUGCUUUGAGGGAGAAAGGUAUCCGGCAGUACAGGUCUAAUACAUUCAUGAGUCAUCAAAGCAACAGACACGAUCGUCCUCCGAGUGUUUGAGGUCUCAAGGCCUUAAAUAUCCCACACCAUAGAGGUUUCUGAGUGCAGCUAACGGACAGAGAAUGAUUCAUUAUUGCCUCGCAUUCACCGCACUGCAUGUUAGCAGAUGGCUGCCCAAACAGAACAGGCUUCAAUUUCUGGUUGUCGUUUUCCUUUUCCUGGUCAUCAUUUUGGCUCCCCAGAUUUAUGUUCUACUAAGACCCGCUUCAUCUCGUUUCUGCCAGCAGCCGCUUUUGAAUAAUCUGGUUUGCUCCAUCGUUUUUACUUUCUUUACAACAGGUUUCUCGGUGGUCUUGUCUGUAACAGACCCCAUUCCUCAAGAGGUGGCCGCAGCAUUUCAUGUGUUUGCAGUGGCGUCUUUUGGAGCUGGAGUGACGACGACUGUUUUUACUGCCAGAGCUCUGCCUUGUGCUGGGACGACCCCUGAGCUUUACCACCUGUCUUUGGUGCUGUCACUGGGCUGUGUGCUUUCAUCAGGCAAGUGCAUAUCUGCUACUGUAAGUUUUUUUCACAAUCAGAGGGGCAUACAGACUGGCAGUUUCCAAGACGGCUGUGAGGUGGUCUCUGGCGAAGUGGUGCACGCUUUGAGCGGAAAUAAAGCUAUGGCAUCCCGCGGGAAGACAGAAACUAGUAAAUUAAAGCAAAAUAUGGAGGAGCAGCUGGACAGACUGAUGCAGCAGCUCCAGGAUCUCGAGGAAUGCAGAGAUGAGCUUGAUAGUGACGAAUAUGAAGAAACAAAGCGCGAAACCCUGGAGCAGCUUGCCGAGUUUGACGAGUCAUUGAAAAAGAUUAUGUCGGGAAACAUGACGUUAGUGGACGAACUGAGCGGGAUGCAGCUGGCAAUCCAAGCUGCGAUUAGCCAAGCAUUUAAAACCCCAGAAGUCAUUCGACUGUUUGCAAAGAAGCAGCCCGGUCAGCUGAGGACCAGACUGGCAGAGAUGGAUAGAGAUGUCAUGGUUGGCAAACUGCCUCGAGAUACCUAUACCCAGCAGAAAGUUGAAAUUUUAACAGCUUUAAGGAAACUUGGAGAAAAGCUCACAACAGAAGAUGAAUCCUUUCUUGCUGCUAAUGCAAGUGCAAUCCUGAGCCAUUUUGAAAAAGUCUCUGGGGACCUCGGUUCAGGUGACAAAGUGCUAGCGCUUGCCAGUUCAGAAGUGGAAAAAACAAAAAAGUGAUCCCGUCCGAAUCGAGGGACUUCUUUGUCACAGUCUGUUUACAGUGCUGGAGGUGGACAGUUUGUAUGCUCCUGUGUUUUUGAGGGUAAAAAUCGAAGCAACGCGUACCCUCCAACGGGGAUUCUUAAUGGAACGAUAAGUUAAAAGUGACGGUUUUAUUUGUCACUUUUUAGAAAUCAAUGUUAAGUACCUGGUCUAUUUGAUUUUGAAUAGCAGCGGUUUUACAAAAGAAGAACUUUUUUUUUUUUUUAACUUAGCCACAGACAUUUAAAGUAAUUGAAAUGCAUUUAUUUACACAAUAAGACGGCUCAACCCAAACUAGGCUGCCGAUUUGUGAAUUUAUAGUAGAAAGUUGUUACGAAAGACUAAUGCAUAUUGUCUUAGCUUAACAACAAAGGACAUGUAUCUUCCAAUGAUACUUCUUUUCUUAAUUCCCUGUGUUUUAAUAGAUGCAAAGAUCAUUAUUUCUUUAUUAACGUAAAGAGGAAAUGAUUACGUUUAAAAGAUGAAACCCAUUUCUUUGUGUUUGAACAGGCUGAGCAACACUUGCUUCUCUGACGAGAAAUCAAGAUCAGAGUGAAGUGAGUUUCUAGUAUGUCGCUGCUGUCCUGCCGUGUCAAUACACAGUAUAUUACACAGCUGUAUCUGCAUGUGGGGGGUGUGCAGGUGGGCUCGUCUCCUGUUAGUGGCCAAACAGGUUUGUGUGCUUUUUUUUGGGAAAACACUUUUUGUAUUUAAAUCUUAUGGUACAUUCAAAUUAUGUUUAGAAAUGAAAUAUGAAGCUUCCAUUUUUGAGCAGAGUGCGCCUUGUUCCGAUGUCCAAGACUGGAUAGGGAAUCUGCUAUGUAGAGUAUUCUUGUGAACGUCAUUCCCUAUUCCAUGCUUUUUGGUUUGUGGACAUUGCUUUGGUAGUUCCACCUCUCUCAGGAGGCAA